AUGCCCGCUCCGCCCCACGACCGCACGCCCCCGCGACCGGCCCCAUCGCGCCCCGGUGACCGGCGCAAGCCGCCACCCCCGCGCUUGAUGCCUGACGACUCCUUGUUUCGAGCCAGUCUGAACCGGCUCUGUGAUGCGUCCUCUACCGACGUCGACCGCCGAUUUGCAGCGCUUGCGCCCCUUCCCACCCCUGUCGAGCAGACGCAAUGCACGCAGAUGUGGAUCCCAGCUGGCCGCGUCGCUGCCGAGCACACCCUACGUGAGGUGCUCGCGUCGCUGGACUCGGAUAGCCAACCGCAGGUGUGGCGGGAUGCCAAGCCCCAUCUUCGGGAUUUCAACACCUCCCCGCGCAACGGCAUCUCCUUCGUCUGCACCUCCGACCAAGUACUUCAACGCCUUGGAGGGGUCGAGCUGACGAUCUGUGGCCAAUCUGUUGCGAUCCGACGCUACUCCAGCUACGACAAGCUGUACUACGUGGACUUGAGGCGUCUACCGGCUGAUACUACGGACCUCGCGAUCUACGACUGGUUCGUCGCCCGGGGUGCUCGUCCUAUCCUGAUUACGCCGUCUCUUGGCGUUGGCCAGCUGAUUUCCCGCGCACGCACGGUGUAUUUCAACGCUGUCCAAUGCCCGGACGCGCUCUUUGAGCCCAACGGUGAACCGCUCCGGGAGAUCUACUUCACGGAUGGGGAGAAACCCUGCUUUGUACAGCACCGGCUCUUCCGCCUCAACCGUGUGAAACCCCCAUCGCUUCGCCAAUCACCUCGCAAGGCUUCGGCAGUGUCUGAUGCCAGUAUGCGCGGUUCUGACGAGGCGGCUGCGCCACCGCUUGAUUCCUCGCGUGUCUCGCCACCACUGGAUCCCUCCGGUGCGUCGUCGUCGCAGACCUACCCGACUGUCUCUUCGUCGUCACUGGAUUCUUCAGCUGUCUCAUCAGCGCUGGAUUCUUCGGAUGUCCCGUCUCGUACGUCAUCCGGCCGCCCCCGCUCUCAGGCCGCGGAGUCGCAAAUCCACCGAGUGAUCCUAGGAUCGGUCAACGCCCGGUCGGACCCCGAGUGGAAGCUGGUUCAACAUUCGCAAUACGGUAUCGUGAAUCGUGGCGGUGGGAAGUUCAUCGAGCCACCCGGCGCCAUGCCGUGUGAGCUCUCUGAAGACUCCUCGGACCCCCAUGCGCUGGUCUAUUCGAUCCCCGUUACGCCCAACACGUACCGAGUCCUGGCCGAUGAAGGCUUUGACGAGUCGCUUCCGCCAGAUGCAGACUUGGAAGCCGAACUUGUUGAAGAUGACGGGAUGACGACGCCUGUUUCUGGUUUUACCGCCGACUCUGCCCUCCUUCCGGAUGAGGAAUUCACUCGCACCCUCAAGAGUGUCCGCCAGAUGGAUCUGAAGGUGGAACGGGUAUCUGCGGAGGAACUUCAACUAGCGAUCGACGAAUUUCUUGAACGCGACGUGCUUACGUACCAGACGCACGAAGAUGUGCUCGCCGCUAUCCAAGCGCAACCCGCGUACUUCCGCCGGAUCUUCUGCCUCCCGGCCGACCACCAACACCAGCUGGUCAAGGCGCACGCGGUCUACCGCACCAUCUGUGCAGAGCCGACCCAGGAAGAUGAGUCCGGUGCGUACCUGGAUCGCCUCCGUGGUCGCUACGAUUCUGUCGACUCUGUUGAUGCCGCCGCUUUCUUCGAGCGAAUGUUCCCGGGGCAACCGCACCAGGAUGCGGCGUUUCACAGCGCCCUAUGCGACUUGUUCCUGAUGGUCUUUGCGCCCGGUAUCUACAUCGACCCCAUCAAGGUUCAAGCAGUGCUCCCAGACCGUUCCGCUCCAAAACGGCUCCGGCAUGCACCAUUCCUGCUCUGGAGUGACCUUACCCUGAUGUACGUCGCGCGCAGUGAUGUCUGUACACUGUUCAUGGACGACCGACGCACUCCGACGAUGGUGGCGGCGGCGUUGCAGCAUCUAAAGUCGGUUGACAUUCCUUCGGCGGCUGAGGCCGGACCUUCUCGUUUGGUCCACCCUCGCCUCUAA